AUGAUCAACAACUUCAACUUUUCUGCCGGCUCCAGAUGGACUUCCUUCACCAAGAAGUUCAGAAAUGUCAAGGAAUCUCUUACUUCCUUUUCAGUAUUUAAGUGGAAACGCUCUGAUAAGUUGAACAAAUUCAAACACUGGUUCCACAAUGGUGCCUUCUCCAGUAAGUCCAUUGAUGUUACCAGAAAUAUUUACGAAAAACCUGUUGAUUAUUCUGAGGUCAUUGAAAUAGUCUACGGCCCAAACGCAACUUUGGAAGACUAUGAAUUUGACAUGGAAGUUGUUAGCAACUCCUUUUGCUCUAUGAAUAAUAUUGCAUCUAGAAUUCCAUCAUGGGAAGAUGGGAGUGGAUCCUCUGCUGAAACUGUUCUUGAACCUCAAGCUGUCUACAAAGAUGCUCGCGAAAGAGGUCAGAGAAGUCUAUUUGAAGCAUACAAGCAGAUGUACCCAAUACUCCCUUACAUGCCCGAUGGAAAUGAGAGUGGGGAGCUAUCUGAUGAAACUAACGACAACUCGGUCUCACAAGUAUGCGAGACCUCUAGUAUUUACGACGGUUCAAGCUGCUGGGAGGGCAGUAUUGCUUACGGUCAUGAUCGUACUCAACAAGAGGCGAUUGAUUGUGAGAGUAUUAAUAGUUCAACGGUAAGUAUGGUUACUAUUAUCAGAACCAAGUUACCAAAAGAAUGCUUUAGUUCUGUUAUGUUGUCUGACAUCUCUACUUAUGCCACAAAGAAUUUAGAUCUUAACUCUGACAGUAAUUCCUCUGUGUCUGAUUUCAAUGAGUCAGUCCCCAAUAAUCCAUCCUUGUUCCCAUCUGGCAGCAUGAAGAGAAUGAAGAAGCUAGCCAGGAAGCAUGGGUUCAAGAAUCUGAAGGAGGCCUUCUCCAAGGAUAUCCAGGGAAGAAUUACUGAAAUUCAUGAUGAUAUAAGGGAAGAGAAACCGGAACACAAAGUUGAACACAAAGUUGAACUCAAAGUUGAACACAAAGUCGAACACAAAAAUGAAGAAAGUGAUGCAGGCAGAGAAAGUGCUGAAGAGACAAAUAACUCCUGUUGCUCUAAGGCUAAAGGUAAAUUGAGAAGAGGCUGGCAUGUGAUUAACAAGAAGAAGAAGAAAGGUAAAAAAUCAAAGUCUAAGAAGAAUAAGAACAAAAAGCCCUUGGGAAUGAAAAUGCCCGUAGAAGAAUUCGAGGCCAAAGUCGCUAUGUCUUCCCCAACGUCUGUAGCCGCUGUAAUCAAUGGCAGAAACCACCUAGAAUUCCUGCCAGAAGAUAACACUGACGACAAGGCUAACGAGAGCUUAGACCAAUCCAGCCCAAUCAUGUCUGAAGCAGCCAAGUACAGAAAAAUGAUCUUCGACCAAAUUGACGCUUAUUUCCAGGACGAAGAAUAUAAGGACGGUGAAUCUGCAUGGACUGUACAAUAG